AUGCACUUCUGCGUCGCCACCUACCUGAUCAUGGGCCUUGUCGCCCAGUGCACGGCUAUAGGGGCUCAACAUUACAAGCAGAGAAAAGAUAUCUUUUGGUCCUAUCGACUUCUCCCGAAUGCCCAUUUUCCUGCACACUCUGCUCUUACACCUACAGAAAUAAAGGAAGCGGCAAAGCAUCUGGUUGAUACAAUACUGAAAGAGAACUCGCAUGGAAUACCUCGUUUGAGGGCAGACAGUCCCGAAUUCAUUGGUGAUCCGGAUUCUGUCAGCAUCAAUAUCACAUCCACAGUCGAGGUUGGCGGAUUGAUGUCGGCGCUCAUCGGUGUCGAGCUCCACAUGCUUUUGAUCGCGGAACUCGACAAGUCCUACGCACUGGUCAGCCUACGAAAUCGCCUGUCGGUAGAAGACGAAGCUCUUUUAGCUCAGUUCCAUCAAGGGCGUAUCGACUUUGACUUCGACGAGCUACUGUCCCCAGUAGACAGCACCGAAGCCACUCACAACAGCCUAUCCAGACUAGAGGAAGAGGUCGGUAGUAGCGAAUUUCGUGACCAUCCUACAACACCUCUCUCGAGCUAUUCACCAACCCUACCUUCACCCCUGACUCCAUUAUCCCCUAGUCCCUCCCUACAGAACCUUAGUCCAUUGAUAACUCCGAUGACGACUCCUCUUCCUAAACGAGAUGAGCGUUCCGCCCCGAAGUUCGACCCGAAGAAUGAAGCACUCUUGCCAAACUUCUUCGAGGAGUUCGAACGUACCGCUAAAGCGGCGGGGAUCAUCGAGAACAGUGAAAAGAUGAAAAGGACAGUCCUAGGGUAUCUGGACGCCAAGACUAUGAAAUUCUGGCAGUCCCUGGACACCUUCGACGAUGAUGAGAAGACAUGGGAGGAAUUCAAGACCGAAAUCUUAGAUUACUACCCUGGUGCCACAGGAACAGCUGAGGUCACCACAGAAGAGUUGGUCCGGGUCGUCGAAACCUAUCAGAAGAAGUUGAUUUCAACAACCCAGGACCUUGCGGAAUACCACAGAGAGUUCGCUGUGGUGGCUAAAGCCCUACGCACCCAAGGGACGCUCUCUGAAAUCCUUAUUGCCCAACACUACGUCCGUCCCUUUCCAGAAAACAUCCGGACCCGCAUAGACACCGGACUCUACGUCCAUUACCCCACUAAGAAGGUCGGUCAGGCCUAUACGAUCAAUGAGAUAAGGAAAGUUGUUACCUUUCUCCUAUCGGAUGCCUCGGCCCCGUGGGGAUCGAACGUCGAUCCCCCACCCUACGACCAUAGACACUCCGGUGGUUAA